CUCGCGCCUUUGCAGCCACUGGCACAGGAGGUACUGUCUGGGACAGUAAGGCCUGCUGGCAGCAGUUCCUGGGACCAGAUACACUGGAACCACGGUUUUAUCCUCUCUCCACCCUCUAGGCUUUGGGGAGUUGUUUCUCCCAUCCCAAGACUUGGAACCCCAAGAAAGGCCCCAAGAGAUGGAGUCAAAUCUUGUCAUUGAACAGGGGUCUGGCGUGCAUCAGAAAGUCCUUCAAGACUGCAUGGCAAAUCAGUGCUGGGCCUGGGACCCAGACCCAGCCUUCUUGAUCUGGGAAUCUCCCCUUGCACCUUAGGUGAGUCUCCGUGCUCACAUGAGCAACGGAUGUAAGGAGAGAUUGUCAGAGGCCAGCGGUGCUGGAUGCAGGACCUCCAUGCCUCAAUCCACAUUCUCUGGCUUUAGGGGUUCCUUUUUCUGUGGGAAGACCACUGGCCCAGGGCAGACUGGGCAGAGGCCUGUUCCUGAGCCUUGAAGAGACAUCCAGAAAUAGAUGGGGGAGUGUCACAUUUCUGAGCAGCUGUGUGGGGGAGGUACAGUAUAAAGGAGGAACCUGACCUCCCCCUCCCCUGGUGGCCAUCACAGGAGCCCAACACCAGCUUUCCUGCCCUGGAGAAGGCCUAGAUAAGGAAACUGAGACCCCAAAAGAGACAGUAACUUACCCAAGGUCACCUCCAACAUGCAGACUCCCGUUGCGAUGUCUCUGCUGCUUGUGUCCAUGGGCCUCAUGGAAGCACUUCAGGCCCAGAGCUACCCUAUUGCACGACGAGAACUCUUCUCUCAAGAAAGGCCCCUGGACAUGGCCCCAACCUCCUUUGAUGACCAAUAUGCUGGCUGUGCAGCAGCCAUGACCGCUGCUCUCCCAGAGCUCAACCGCACCGAGUUCCAGGCCAACAAAGUGUACGCCGAUGGCUGGGUGCUGGGAAGCACCCGAUGGCAGGAGCGCCAAGCCUGGGGACCACCCCCACCCCCCCCACCCCCCGGCUUCCGUGAUGAGCAUGGGGUGGCCCUCCUGGCCUACACAAUCAACAGCCCCCUGUUCAAGGAGUUCAAUGUGGCCCUGCGAGAGGCGGGCCGCACCCGAGUCCACUACCUCCAACACUUCUCCUUCAAGACGUUCCAUUUCCUGCUGACGGAGGCUCUGCAGCUGCUGGGCAAGGCCCAGCGCUCCCCCCGGUGCCUCCAGGUGUUUCGAGGGGUGCAAGGCCUGCGCUUCCGGCCAGCAGGGCCUGGGGCCACUGUCCGGCUGGGGGGCUUUGCCUCAGCAUCUCUACAGAAUGCUACCGCCCAGAAUUUUGGUAAGGAAACUUUCUUUGGCAUCUGGACCUGUCUUGGGGUCCCUAUCAGGGGAUACUCCUUCUUCCCUGAGGAAGAGGAGGUGCUGAUCCCUCCUUUUGAGACCUUCCAGGUGAUCAACACCAGCAGACCGACCCAGGGCCCCACCCGCAUCUACCUCCGGUCCCUGGGUGAGCACAGCACAUAUAACUGCGAGUACAUCAAAGACAAGCAAUGCAAAUCCAGGCCCUGCCGUCUGGAAAACUCAGCCAUGGGCCAGGCCCCCCUUUCUACAGUCUGGUCCCUUGCUCUGCUGCUGUGGCUCCUUGUUGGGGGAGCCUUCCCAGAGAGCCCACGCCUCCCCUGGCCCUGGGCUGUCAGACUCUGAGCAGCCCUGCCUGCCGC